AUGACCAACCUGCGCACCGCGCGUGUAACCCAAGACCGCACUUUAGACCUGCCCCGAGCCAAACUGGUCGAGCGCGUCGAUUACACCGACGACCUCAUGGUCAUCAAACUGGAACCGCAGGAUCUGGAUUUCAACUUCAACCCCGGACAAUACUGCACCCUGGGCCUCGAAGGUAUCGAGCGCGCUUACUCAAUCGUCUCCGCUCCCCACGAACCCCUGCUGGAAAUCUUCGUUGAACUCGUGCCCGACGGCCAACUCACUCCGCUCAUGUGGCAAAUGGGCACUGGCGACACCAUGUCGAUCCGGCCCGGACCCAAGGGAAUCUUCGUCAUGGAUCCCACCGUAAACCAGCACCUUAUGCUUGGCACCGUAACCGGCACUGCCCCCUUCGUCAGCAUCGUCCGCGAUCACCUGCACUACAACCGAUCCGGCCACCAUUUCUACAUCCUCGAAGGCGCAUCCUACGUCGACGAGUUCGUAUACGACACCGAGUUGCUGGACCUAUCCGCAGCCCACCCCGACGUUGUAACCUUCGUGCCAGCCAUCAGCCGCCCCAACGAAGCGCGCAACGCAGCCUGGGAAGGCGAAACCGGGCGCCUCAACGCCAUCGUCGCCAAAUACCUGCACCAGUUCAAACUGGACCAGUCCGACACCCUGGUCUACGCCUGCGGACACCCCGGUAUGAUUGAAGGCAGCCGGGAGAUCGUUGCGGGCGAGGGCUGGAAGUGGACUGAAGAGCGCUUCUGGAAAGAGUAA